CAAAUUUCAAAAUUUCACCCAGCAGCGCCCUUGUGUGACCCUAAAGCCCACCCUGCUUUGCUGCCCUCCUGGAAUAUUCCAUUUCCAUGGAAUUUCUGGCCUGGAAAAGUGGGAAUUCCUUAAUUUCCCUGGCAGUUACCCCUCCUACAUGCCCAUCCUGCAGAGAGCCAUCGAGCUCUGGUACCACGACCCCGCCUGCACCACGCCCGUCCUCAAACUCAUGGCUGAGCUGGUCCACAACAGAUCCCAACGGCUGCAGUUUGAUGUCUCCUCUCCCAACGGGAUCCUGCUUUUCCGGGAGACCAGCAAGAUGAUCACGACCUACGGGAAUCGCAUCCUGACGCUGGGCGAGGUGCCCAAGGACCAGGUGUACGCGCUGAAGCUGAAGGGAAUCUCCAUCUGCUUCUCCAUGCUGAAGGCGGCGCUCAGCGGCAGCUACGUCAACUUCGGCGUCUUCCGGCUCUACGGCGACGACGCGCUGGACAACGCGCUGCAGACCUUCAUCAAACUGCUGCUCUCCAUCCCCCACAGCGACCUCCUGGAUUAUCCCAAGCUGAGCCAAUCCUACUAUUCCCUGCUGGAAGUGCUCACCCAGGACCACAUGAACUUCAUUGCCAGCCUGGAGCCCCACGUCAUCAUGUACAUCCUGUCCUCCAUCUCCGAGGGCCUCACCGCGCUGGACACCAUGGUGUGCACGGGCUGCUGCUCCUGCCUGGACCACAUCGUCACCUACCUGUUCAAGCAGCUCUCGCGCAGCACCAAGAAGAGAUCGACGCCCCUGGCCCAGGAGAGCGAUCGCUUCCUGCACAUCAUGCAGCAGCACCCCGAGAUGAUCCAGCAGAUGCUCUCGACGGUGCUGAACAUCAUCAUCUUCGAGGACUGCCGGAACCAGUGGUCCAUGUCCCGGCCCCUGCUCGGCCUCAUCCUGCUCAACGAGAAGGUAACGGCUCCAUCCCAGCUGGACAGGCUUGGAGGAGGGCGGAUUUGGGGUGCCCCGUCAAAGGCAGGAAUGGUGAAUCUGACUCCGUGUUCUCAGGGGGCUGAUUCAUUAUUUUAUCAUCUCUAUUAAAUUAAAGAAUGCUGUUCUAAACUGUGCUAAAGAAUAGAGAAAGGAUACAGACAGAAGGAUAAAAAAUAGUAAUGAAAACUCCUGACUCUCUCCAGAGCCUGACACAGCUCAGCUGUGAUUGGUCAUUAAGGUAAAACAAUUCACAGAAACCAAUCAAACAUCACCUGUUGGUAAACAGUCUCCAACCACAUUCCAAAGCAGCAGAACACAGGAGCAGCAAUCAGAUAAUUCUUGUUUUCCUUUUUCUCUGAGGCUUCUCAGCUUCCCAGGAGAAAAUCCUGGGCAAAGAGGAUUUUCAGAAAAUAUGACAGUGACAGA